AUGUUUGGGCUGUGUGCCUGGCCAUUCCUUAUUGGGACCUUGUGCCGGUACCAACACCAACACCAGCACCAUUCCUUGGUACUGAGUAAGGUCGAGAAAAAGCUGUCAAAGCUCUGUGCCUUUGGUUCUGGAGAGAAAGGCCAGCUCGGUAACAGCACAGCUGGCAAGCGUAUCAUGACGGUCAACAAGACGGGGUUCGAUAUCGUGUACAAACUCGUGUUGGUGAAAGAUCUGGGACCUGAGAAGAUUAUGCAGUUGUCGUCAGUACCGUUCAUGUCUGGGGAUACAACGGCUCUAGGCAAGUAG